UGGCGGAAUUCAAAGCACCACAGAAGGGCCUUUCAAGCCAGUAACUGUGCCCUUGGAUCAGACGUAUAGGGGGCAUGCCAUUGAUUUGCCGGACAGUGACCCCAGAGUUCAGAGGACUGCCACAGAAUGUUGGGAGCCUGAGCAGAUCUCUGUUUCCCUCUCCUUCAAUUAUCAUUCAGUUUGGAUUUCUUGGAUCACAGGAGAAUACCAAAUUGGUGAAAACAUCAUACCAUACGAUCCAAGUACUGUUGCCAGUGUUGUUCAAUAUGGAAAAGUAAAUUCCACAUUGGAUCAGACGGCAACAGGUCAAUCCCUCAUUUACAGCCAACUCUAUCCUUUUAUUGGCCUUAGGAACUAUACCUCUGGAAUUAUACACCAUGUCCAACUCACAGAACUAGAACCAGACACUUUAUACUACUAUCAGUGCGGGGAUCCCUUAACGGCGAUGAGCGAGGUCUAUCAUUUCAAGACCAUGCCAGUUUCUAGUCCCGAGAGCUAUCCGAAUAAGGUUGCCAUUGUGGGAGACCUCGGGCUAACGUAUAAUACCACUUCAACCAUCAACCAUUUAAUGAGAAAUAAUGCCGAUCUUGUCAUAUUGGUUGGAGACGUGAGCUAUGCUAACUUGUAUCUCACAAAUGGAACUGGCUCAGAUUGCUACACUUGCUCUUUUCCAAAUACUCCCAUACAUGAGACAUACCAGCCACGUUGGGAUUAUUGGGGGAGAUAUAUGCAACCAUUGUUGUCCAAAGUUCCAAUCAUGGUAGUGGAAGGAAAUCACGAUAUCGAACAACAGAUCGAGAACAAAACAUUUGCAGCUUACAGUUCUCGAUUUGCCUUCCCUUCCCAUGAAAGUGGAUCUUCUUCCCCAUUGUACUAUUCUUUCAAUGCUGGAGGCAUACAUUUUGUAAUGCUGGGUGGUUAUGUUGCUUAUAGUAAAACAGGUACUCAAUCAUUUUGAAGACAAUCCUUUUUCACAUCUUGGCCAGUUAACAUAGCUUAUUACAUAUAUGUUGUCUGUUUCAGAUGACCAAUACAGGUGGUUGGAGAGAGAUCUGGCUAAUGUUGACAGAAAGGUUACACCUUGGCUUGUUGCCACGUGGCAUCCACCUUGGUACUCUUCUUACACUGCACAUUAUAGAGAAGCUGAAUGCAUGAGGGUAGCAAUGGAAGAAUUGUUGUACAAAGCUGGAGUUGAUUUAGUCUUUAAUGGACAUGUUCAUGCAUAUGAAAGGUCAAACAGAGUGUUCAACUACAGCUUAGAUCCCUGUGGACCUGUUUACAUAACCAUUGGGGAUGGCGGAAACAGAGAAAAAAUGGCCAUUUCACAUGCAGAUGAACCUGGUAACUGUCCCAACCCAAGGAGCACUCCAGAUGUAUUUAUGGGCGGUUUUUGUGCCUAUAACUUCACUUCUGGCCCAGCAGCCGGCAAGUUCUGUUGGGACCAACAGCCAGAGUUUAGUGCCUAUAGGGACAGCAGCUUUGGUCAUGGAAUCUUAGAGGUAUACUUGUCUCUUUAUCAUUAUAUACGGGUAUAUUACGUGUGCAUGCAUAUAUAAUAGGGGUGUUCGAUUUUAAUACUGAAUCAUACCGAAUAAACAGAUAGUAAAAUAUUAAAAUGAUUCAAUGGUCAUUGAGCAUUAAUUUUAAUAUCAUUGUUGGGUUUUUUUGGAAGGAAAUUGUCUGUAUUAAAAUUCUAGAAACCAACGACAUUGCAAACUUUUCAAUACUAAACAACAUCCUGCUACUAGACUCACCAUAACCCGAAGGUCCCCCAGCCUCUGAUUAGACAUAUAAACGACCACCAUGAUUGAGCAGAUCGAGUCGCUAACCUUGCGAGAGAUUUGAAGAUUAACUCCGGUUUUGAAGCCUUCUUACUUCUUGGCAUAAAAAACCUACCCACCACAGCAGUGUAACACACAAACGACAAAGAAUCCAACAUCAAAGACACACUGGAAGAUAAAAUUAUGAAAAGCAAACUAAAAGAGCAGGCCACUACUUGCCAAGCUCCAUUAUUCUUGAUCCCUUCUAACUGAGGCCUUCCACGAACAGCCAAAACUCCAACUUGUUCAGGAGGAGGUCGGGCCAUCUGGACGGCUGUAAUUGAUACUUCAUCACCGACCGAACUCUUAGAUUCACCAAACUUGUCACCCGUCAUCAAUCUGCUAUUUGGGGGGGACACUAUUUUUCCGCCGGACAUACCCGACUUUUCCUAUGUGAUGGUCCCGACAAGCGCUGACUCCCAUUCGCCGCACUGGGAGCCAUGCCUUUCACCAAAAUGGUCUCAUCUUCAUCAUCCAUGUUGCCGUAUUCUUGUGCCAACCUCAUCACCUCCUGUUGUGCAUUCAUUACUGCCAUCUCCAAGCCGAAAUUGCACUGACACGCAAAGCCUACUCGCAGACCAAAAAAACUCCUUCGCACAAAACGUCCGCCGAAAACAACUAACACUCGCCUAUCGACCGAAGAGAGGUCUAACCCAGAAUGCUAACCGAGAGCCCCUUUCAACUCCCCUCGCCGAUUAAGGAAGGCCGCCGCCGAUCAAUCGUCAGCCCCUGUCAAAACUGUUCAAUCUACACCUAACCCUAGGCCGUCG